UUACUUUUUCCUCUUUGAGUAGAGCAUGCGCAAGAAAUCCAACAAUACCAAGUUAUUAUGUGAUUUUUUCAAUUAGAUGUUUCUUUAACUUGUAAGUUUUUAUUUAAAGGUAUAGUUUGAAAAAAUUGGCAAAUUUAUGUCUUGAUUUCCUAAAAUGACACUUAUUAGGAGAUAAAUUUUUAGCUAAGACGACACUUAUUAUGGGACAGAGGGAGUAAUUACUAAAGCUAACUCUAAUUAGCUCUUUCAUCCGUUUUCUUUCUUUCUUUCUUUCUUUCGUCACUAAGACAAACAAAAUUAGCACAAGCUUUAUGGGAGUUUUCUCCAUGUUUUGGUUUAUUUUCUUUAUUCUUGAAAGUAUAGUCUUUCAGGUUUCUCAAUCAGCAACUUUAGUGGUUGAUGGAGUUUCAGAAUGGAAAAACUCAACUGUACAAAUUGGGGAUACCAUCAUUUUCCAGCAUAAGUAUCAGUACAAUCUCUACAUUUUCCAGAACCAGAAUGCCUUUACUUUGUGCAAUUUCACUGAAGCUACACUUCUUACCAAAUCCAACUCCAAAUCCUACACUUGGCACCCAUCAAGGCCUGGUUUCUUUUACUUCUCAUUCAACAAUGGCACUAAUACAUCAUGUUUACAUGGCCAAAAACUAGCCAUUAAGGUAAAAGAACAAUUUUUAUCUCCGGAAAUAUCACCGGUGGCAGCUCCACCAUUGAUAUCCUGCUACGUGUCAUCUUUUCCGGCGUACACGUGGCCGUUACAGCCGAGAGAAACAAUUUCUCCUGCAAAUAGCCCAAUGGUGGGGUAUGAUAUACCAUUCAUAAAGAGUAAUCCAGCAGUUCCUUUGCCUACUGGGGAAGUAGAUUCUGCUACUGUUCACCAUUUCCCUACUUCUGGUCACCAUGAUAUACAGGUGCUGAGUUUUGUAACAAUUCAAAGCUUCUUGUGCUGUGCAAUUUUCUUGAUGCUGUUUUAAACAGGCCAAGUGAGAGAAAGUAAGAGAUAUUUGCAAUUCAGUACAUGUAAAGAAGAGAAAUUGCACUACUGAGUGGAGCUAACGUGCGCCAGGAACUGUAGCUUUGAAUUUAAAAUAGCUUUAAAGUGGUGCUAAUGAUGAUUAAUACCAUGUUUAAGUACUGUAUUAACAGUAUUUUGUGUUAUAUUAGUACUAUCUUUGACCCUA